GCAGGAAGAAACAUGCUACCGAUGUCCCAGAAGGGAACACAUUGUAUCAUGUGAAGAGACAUGACAAAAACAGCCCUCUUUAAAUUACUUUUGGCAAUAGUGGUCACAUUCAUUUUAAUUUUGCCAGAAUAUUUUAAGACAUCAAAAGGAAAUAUAUUGGAGCUGUCAUGUCUGGAAGUAUGUUUACAACCUAAUUUCAAUUAUUCACUCCCCUCUUUAAAUUUUUCUUUUGUGACUUUUCUGAAACCAGUAAGAGAAACUCAGACUAUUAUGGGAAUCUUUCUAAAUCACUCCAACUUUCAAAACUUCACCAGAAUUUGCCAAGGCAUCACAGGUGAAUUCAAAAUGUGCUCUCCGUGUUUGGCUUGUAAGUCCAAAAAGAGCAUGGAUUUUAUUUCUCAGGAACGAACAUCAAAAGUUCUUACCAUGAAAGGAUCAACAGAAGUGAAGGCAAAUGAUUUUCAUUCACCCUGUCGACAUUUUAACUUCACUGCAGCUCCUACAUUUGAUCCCUUGGAAGAAUAUAACAUUACUUGUAAUCUAAAAACCCACACGAGAAGGUUAGCAAUCAUGGAGGAAGAUCCACCCAAGGAAAAGUCUAGGAACUAUACUUGUAGGACUAUGGAAAUCCUGAACAAUUGUACAUACAUUUCUUUGUACCUAGAAAUGGAUGUCAAAAAUUUCACUUGUUCCAUGAAGAUGACUUGGUAUGUUUUAGUUCUAGUCGUUAUUAUAUUUUUUCUCAUCCUCACUAUCCAUAAAAUACUUGAAAGCCACAGAAGAAUGUGGAAAUGGCAGAGUCAUAAAUACAAACCUACAUCUGCUCUCUUAGGAGGACAGGAUUCUGAGAAACUGCAAACACUGCACGUGCAGGUUAUUUCAGAGACCAAGCAAAGGCUGCCCUUGAAUCAGGUCAAGAAAGUGCUUCCUCCAAUACCAGAACUAGAAGUUACUUCCACGGUGCAUCCGCAAGAUCAAUAUACACGAAUAUCCUUAUGAAUUCCUCUGGACCGUUUGGACUGAACCCUUUUGAAGAAUACUCCUAAUUUUACUUUGGGAAUGAGUUAACUAGUAAAUAUAUGGGUUCAGCUGAGAAUUCACAAUAGGAAACAGUAGGAAUGCUGACUGGUUGAUGAAAACUGGCUCAAGAGCAUUCAUUUGCCCCACGAGAUCAAAGAAAUGAGUUUUUUUUCCAGGAAGGCAUCAUGAGUCAUGGAAAACAAGCUGAUGAAACCCAUGGAAACAACAAGGGAAUGCUCACUGUCCUUGCAUAUCUGUCAUCCUACAGCUUACAAUGGACCCAAGAUUUAGAUUUUGAAAGGAACCAAAACCAGGAUCAAGGAAGAAAAUCUUUUCUCUCAUUAGCCCACAUUGCAGAUUCUCAUGUGAUAGGUUUUCUUAUAUAGAUGGAUUCUAUUUGGUAAAUUACUUAACAGUGCCUGGGUUGUUUGUUUAUACAUUUGUUUGGAUUUAUAAAUUCUGCCUCCUUUCAGCACUGAGGAUGUUUUAA